UGAAAAAUUUGAUUCGCGAGAAAUUUAUUCGGUUCAUUUUAAAGUACUCGCAGUUUUAUAAGGAACAUAUAGCCGCUUAUUUUGUGUAUAGUUAAAUUGUGUAGCUAAUUCUUAAAUACGCGAUUUUGAUUGGGCAACUUUUUCGUCAAUUGUAGCUAACGUGUUUUUAAACAAGUGCGGCCCCGGUCCUCAUUAGGCUCUAAGCCGAUACCGAUAUUCGCCUGCAUCUGGCAAUAAUAAACAAAUCCGUUCGAAGUAAUAUACGAAAUUCGCGGUCCAGUUAACCCCUUUCGUCUUCCAUAUAGACUAUAUUUGUUUCUGCAUUUUUUCUGACAUUCCGUCAGAAAACAAACUACUGCAACACUGUCAGUUUACCGCGAUAGAGGUUGGAGCUAAUCCAAUAUGUUGAGAACUUUACCUAGUUUGGAUUGUGUCAGUAUAUAUAGUGCGCUAAAAUGAUUAAUAUAAGACGAAAAGAUUUUAAAAACGCUCGAAAACAAUGCUGCUGUAAACACACUACAUAUAACAAGGUAAGAAACUGAAACAGAAAAUUAAAAUACCUUCUUAAGUCUGAUACAUGCAUGCAUGCUUUAAUUCACUGCUGCAUGAGCCAUGCAUCCGCUAUAUUACCAAAAUUGAAAAGGUUCGAGUCUCCAGACUAGUGAGAAAAUUUUUACUUUUGAGAAAAUUUUUCUUCAAAUUUUAUUUAUCGCAUAUAUAUACCGGUGCGGCAUUGAAGGUUUCAAUCCUGUAUAUACUUUAUGGUUAACAAAUCCACACAAGCAGCAAGCUUGAAACACAGAGAUUUUAAAAUGAGCUUCAUUCCUUGAAGUGUAAUCUACACGUAUAGUGCCGUAUGUAAUUUUUUUUUUAAUACUUAUCAUGAUACAUUUCUGAAUAGCUUGCUUAUACGGUGUUUUAGCGUUAAACUUAAAUUUGUAUACUCCCUGAACGUGUAUUUACGCGCGUCAGUUUUAGCGUUUGGAAGUUACCGGCGUUCUGAAAAAUGGUAUAUAUAUAAUAGCUAUAUGCAUCAGAUCUGCAGAAAUUUUUUAACGAUGCCAAAAAAAUCCCAUGCGCACACGAUUAGUUAGAUCGUUUGUCAGGUGACGGUCGUUGUGCCAGAACUUGCAACCUAAUAUCAAAUGUUUGCGGUAUGCCCUAGUUUCGGACGAUUGAAACCUUAUAGAGGAGAGUGCGUCAUCGCACAAGAGAAUCUGCACGCCAAUCUUUUUGAUCAUCGUGAUCCACUUGUAGGACUGUUGUCAAACCUUUGCGAGGUUUUAGAGAGCCUAUAUACCGUGAGAUAUAUAUCCUCAUGUGAAACAUAUUUCAAAGUCGCUGCAUCGAGCGGCCUGUGCUUACAGCCCCGACUAUAAAUAAUUCACAAGUCUCAAAAGACUAAUUUGGUCGGCAAGAUUGAACGAGAGGAAAUAGCUGUGCGUGUGUUUUUGUGUUGUUUUUGAUUAAAAAACUGCGUUUAGGACGUUGGCCACUCUCAGUUGACGGGUUUUCCUCGUUCAUAAUUUAUCUCCCCAGCGUCUAGAAGUUGAUUUGAUCUGUUAAGUUCGCACCGCUAACUAACCGCACUAACAACAAUCAUGUAAAUAUAACACUGGGGCCAGCUGGAGCCAGAUGUUUAACUUUAAGCCAAAUAACAAUGUUCGCGGAUAUUUAACAAAGGUGUGCGUACACUAAUAAAUAUAUUAACUAUAUCGCUCUGAUUGAAAAUUUAAGCCGCCUUUUUGCGUCGAAAUCUUAAUAUUUAAUGCAUGUACUACCUUGAUUCUUGUAGAUUCGGUAACUAUUUUUUAAACGUUCUUUCGGCAAUCAAAGUUGAAUUAACUACACGAUUCAUUAAGUCUUCGCGACAUCAUUACACACGUAAACUGGAUGUAUUGAAAGAUUAUGUUAUGGCUUCGGGGACCUUUAAACUUGAUAAAAAAUGUCAGAUUGAAUUUUCUUCUGAAAGUCAAAAGCAUUUAGGCCAGGUAAUUUCACAGUCGGCUAAAAUUAAUCCCUUUGAUCAGGUUUUUACCACGGACGGCUGGUUCUAAUCUCAAACGUUUGUGUUUCAUUUAACGAAAUGAUCGUUUGAUCGCCUCUGACCAGUUUGGCCACGUUUAUCAGUGAAAAGCGGCUCUGUCGCCACAUCGCAGAUGAUCAUCAAGGCACGCUCCAUUAAGAUCAGCUUAUAAUCGCAGGACUGAUUCAAGAAUCAUAAUAAGUGUAGCUAUCAUAGCGAAAAGUAGCGUAUUUCUUUGUUCCGAAAUCAUUAGUUCUAGCCGAGUGGACAAGAAACAAUGAUAUACAAUUAAGCUUGGCUGUGAUACAGUUGAAGUGAAAACUGACUCGUCUAUAAUAGCUACCAGCUGAAUGAAGUUAUUCUGGUUAUUAAUUGAAUCGUCAAUACUCAAUAGCAUGAAAAACCGAGGUUUCGGAAGAUAACGCAUGCAUAUACAGAGUUAAGAAAAGAAACCGGCGAAUAAAGCUUGAGGUGUAGGAAUGAAAGAAUAUAACAUUGUCACUGUCUAGAGCAAAGCGGCUAUCACGCAUGUUGAUCCAUUAUUUUUUUUUCCUUUUACGCGACAUCAUAAACUAAAUGAUCGCGCAUGGAUUAACAACGUCCAAUUCACUCCUGGUGGAUGUUUUGUGAUCUUUUUACUUGUAAUGUAUGUGCGGCAAGUCAAUUAAAGCAAAUUUAAUAUACUGCACUCAGGGAUCAACAGACUAUAUUAGGGGCUGUUUACAUGAUCCCGUUCAGCCGAUAUUCAACGAAGCGUGAGGUGACUUUGAGGUAUUGAAAAGAGCAUAUAACAGGAUCCUGGUAAUCGUGUAGUCAUCCCAACAAUAGUAUGGCGAAUGUUUGGUGUAAAAACAUUUAUUUUCAUACCUCAAAGUCAUCUCACGCUUCGUUGAAUCUCGGGUCACCUGGCUCAUAUAAACUGCCCCUUACAUUCAUUAGAAGUGAUAUUGGAUGAUUUCGAUCCGACAAGAUUGGAUCGUGUGUGUAAUCCAUCUUCCAGCGUUGCACGAAAAUGCUGUAGUUAGUUCACGGUAAUACGCUAUAGCAACGAAACAUAAAUUAGCUGCUGGAACUUGCAAAAAAUGUGAUUUCAAUGCAUGUUAUCAUUAAAAUCACCUAAUCAAAUUUUGUAGCAAGUUCCCAUAGUGUUCCCAUAAUAUUACUUCAUAUUCUGGGAAGGUACAAAGGUGUUGGGGUUAGGGCUGUCUGUUUUUUAUGUGUUUAAUAAAGACGAUUUGCGAGGGUUUAGAAAGCUCAAUCAGGUUAAUGGAUUGUGGCCUGUGGGGACAGCUUUAACUAUGUCGGCUGUGUGGUAGGUGUUACUAUAUAUGGUUUGUCAUCGGCAGAAGUAUAACUGUGAUUGUGGCAAUAUGUUUAGCAUAACUAUGAAAUAUGGUGGUAGGUGUAAUCGUGGAUUGUGUAUGUUAUAUAACAGGUUUAAUUAUGUCGGUUUGUGGUAUAUAUAGGUUGAGCUAUGAUUGUAGCAAUACUUCCGUAUGGUGGUUGGUACAUGUCGCUGCGUGAGAAAAAUGAUACUCGUGUAUAUGGUACUCGUUUUUUUCCUCUGUCUUACACCUUCCAUAUAAAUAAUAUAGCCAGGCCAGCCAACUUUCUUGCCUCCUUCAGCGAAUCCUUCAGUGUGAACAGUUUGUGAUAAUAUAUUCAUAUAAUAGGUAUAGAAAAAACUGGAAUAUUUUAUUAUUUGUAGAACAUAAAUCGCGUGGAUAAUGGGAUCUAGGUUACCGUAUGGCUAUUAUCCACAUUUAUUUACCCAAACCGAUGUUGACAACAGUCUGUAUGGCUACGUCAAGUCAGACAUGGAAGAACAUCGCUUGUCAUACGCUUUGUCUGGAAACUGGCAGAGGUCUGAUCCAAGAUUAGAGACAUCAUCUUUUCUCGAAACACGAAAAGAGAUUUCAGUAUUGAGCAAUGAAGAAAAUCAGAAUAGUGGAGAGAGCGUUAAUAAAGGCGAUACUGAAGAUGGCAGUAUGAAAGAACAAAAAGUCAACGUCGAGAAACAAAGUUUGCCAGAAGGAAUCAAGAUUAUUGAAACUAUUUUGAUGGGCGUAUCUCACUAUGGCGUGUUUUGUUCCGAUAAACUCAUCAAGAAGGGCACAAGAUUUGGUCCUUUUACCGGUCGGAAUAUUCUACCUGGUGAUAUAUUCACGUUAGGCGACACUUCAUACACAUGGGAAGUGUUUCGAGACGGCGAGGUAACAUAUUUUAUCGAUGGCAAACAUGAUCCAAACAACUGGUUGAAGUUCAUUAACUGUGCAAGAUAUGAGAGGGAACAGAACAUCAUUGUCGUCCAAGAUGGCGACGAAGUGUUCUUCGACGUGGUCUGUGAUAUUUUUGAAGGAACGGAAUUGUUAGUGUGGUAUGGUGACUCUUAUCUCAAGUACAUGGGACUACCGAUAACGAUGAAAGAGAAGAUCUCUCCAAAGAUGCUUUCUAAUCUGGAUGACAACAGCUACGCCUGUGAUCGCUGUGGUAAAGUAUUUGCCUACGAAUAUUAUCGUGACAAGCAUCUAAAAUACACCCGAUGUGUCGACCAAGGUGACAGAAAAUAUCCAUGUAACCUCUGCAACCGUUCCUUCGAGAAGCGAGAUAGAUUGAGGAUCCACAUUCUGCACGUUCAUGAGAAGCACCGUCCUCACCAAUGCUCGGAAUGUGGCAAACGUUUCUCACAAUCGUCCAGUCUUAACAAACACUUGCGAGUGCACAGUGGUGAACGCCCUUACAAAUGUCCAUACUGUACCAAGGCCUUCACAGCCUCUUCCAUUCUGCGCACGCAUGUACGUCAGCAUAGUGGGGAAAAACCAUUCAAAUGUCGUCAUUGUGGGAAAGCGUUUGCCUCGCAUGCUGCACAUGAUAGUCACGUGAGGCGCACGCAUACUAAGGAGAAACCAUGCGUAUGUGAAUACUGCGGAAAGGCGUUUGCGCAGUCGUACGAGCUGAAGUUUCAUUUAAACAUGCACACUGGAGACAAACCAUAUUCGUGUGAACGAUGUGGGCGGGGAUUUUCAAGUCCUUCUUCGAGAGACCGCCAUAGAUCGAACUUUGAUUGCACAACCCGAAAAAAUCGCGCGCCAAAAAUAAUGAAGCGGAGUCCAGAUACCGCGGGAAAAUGCGAUGAUUCCAAAAGUGACUUUGGACUGUUAUGAAUAUUGACUGUCUUAAAUUCCUUAGUUUUCAAGCAUCCCUUAGGUGUGCUUGUUGUGAUCUUGAUAAAUUACGAUCGUGCUUCAAAAUUUAAGUCGCAGUACCCGUUUAAUUACGAUAUUUAAUGUGUACAUAAGACAUUUACAUUUCAUCUUAGGUAUUAUUGCAAGGCCACACUUUUGUUAAUUAUUUUGUUAAUUGACUGUCGUUAAUUCCAACAAAGACUCGCAAUUUAAUUAACUGGAAG